AUGUCCCUCGAGCCACCAACCUACCUCACCUCGCUGCAGAACAACAUCAGGGCUCGACCGAUACCAUGGGAGGGCGCAGUGCGAGCAGGAAACAUUACGGAAGAGCAGCUGAAACGGGUCAAGGCUGUUGAUAAGGUGCGGAAGGACUCGAGACAAAAGACGAUUGAGAAGGAUGUGGCGGCAUACACUUCGCUGCUGGCCGGUAAUGGGUCGGAGAAGAGCAUCUUGGAGUCUGCUACUAGACGGACAGAUAUAAUACAGUACAUUCUCGUCCUCGCCGGAGAUCUAAUUAGUGAUGUACCGGCUCUGACAUCAGCUCUGGUGGAGAGCAGCGAGAGCUAUCGACACUUCCUCCCUCUCCUUACCAACUCGACAAACUCGGAGGAUCCAAUUCCCCUGCUCACUUCGUCCCUGCUGGCCAACCUUGUCUCGGCCUCGCUCAGAGCUACUCCCAAGACAUCUCCAAAGGACGAGGUUGCCCUGCCAAAGCUCUAUGCUUACCUGUCUACUUUGACAAAGAGUGCGGAUACCGGGCUACAGGAUAUAGGAGUGCAAGGAUACUCCGCUUUGCUGCGGACAAAGAGAUCAAGAGAAAUCUUCUGGAAGGAGAGGAAUGACACCGUCGAACCACUGAUCGGGAUUCUGCGCGCCGCGGCUGGUCCAACCAAGGAUAACGGGUCCUCUCUGGGUGGAAGUCGAGCUGGGGAAACCGGUAUUAGCGGCGGAGUUGGAAUCCAGCUCUUGUACCAUGUGCUUCUUGUGUUGUGGCAGUUGAGCUUUGAGGGAGACUUGAUUGGUGCCCAGCUUGAAUCGGAACAUGAAAUAAUCGCACUGUACACCAACUUGCUAAGGCUUUCACCUAAGGAGAAGACUACUCGUCUGCUGCUCUCAACGCUUCGUAACCUACUAUCCAGCAGCAAAGCGAAUCUUCUCCCAAAUGCGGUGGUGGUGCGUCUGCCAGCCAUGCUGGGUAACCUGAACAGCCGCCAUCUAAGUGACCCUGACUUGCUUGAGGACCUUUCUGCCCUGACAGAGAUGUUGGAUGAAUAUACGAAGAAGCAGACCACGUUCGACGAGUACGCCGCAGAAGUACAAGCUGGCCACCUUCGCUGGUCACCCCCGCACCGCAACCCAACUUUCUGGCGUGAGAAUGCACGCCGAAUCCUGGAUGAGGAUGGAGGAAGCCUACCCAAGAAGCUGGUCGAGAUCCUGUCGAAGGACUGGGAGACAGACAAGCAGGUUUUGGCUAUUGCGUGUAACGACGUUGGGUGUCUGGUGAGGGAAGUGCCCGAGCGACGACACCAGCUGGACAAACUAGGCCUGAAGGCGCGAGUGAUGGCCUUGAUGACUGACCGGGAAGAGUCCGUGAGAUGGGAGAGUCUCCGAGCUGUGGGAGAGUGGCUGAGAUAUACGUUUGAGGGCUGA